AUGGUUGCUCGGCAAACAAAGUCUCUGUCUCGAGGAGACCGCUUUGGUCUUCUUAAGCAUGCAAUAAGUUAUUUAUAUGAAAAAUCGCUAAAAGUUUUCACUCUCACGAUCAACAAAUUGAUAUCUACUUUCGCUCGGAAUCCGACCACCUCCUCCACCGCUCCGCAGCUGACAUCUCCGUCGUUUUCUUCGCUUCCCGAUGAGAUCGUUGUAACCUGCUUAGCACACAUAUCAAAGUCGCACUACCCUAAACUCUCGCUAGUAUCCAAGAGAUUCAACUCUCUCAUCUUUUCCAAUGAGCUACACCUUGCGCGAUCUCGCUCCAAAACACGUGAAAACGUCCUUCACGUCUUCUUACAGCUACCCGGUCACCGUCUUCCUUCGUGGUACAGCAUGUGGAUAAAGCCUGGUCAAACUCUAACCAAUGAGUUGAAGGAGGAGAAUAGUAACUCUACAGGAAACGCUAUGUUGGUACCAAUACCUUCUUCAUAUUCUCCUAGUGCACCAACAUUGUAUCUCGGUACGUUUAGUUCAAAACAGUAUAAACUCAGACACUGCAAUAACUCUCCCGUUUCAUCCCUACUCUGGGUCCGUAAUAAGGGUGUUCUCACUCCAUGGGGUAAAAGUAAAUAUUCCCCAUGGCUUAAAGCCCCUAGAAUGAAAGUGGCUAGAGAGAAUGCCAUUGCGAGGGCCCUUGAUGGGAAAAUAUAUGUAAUGGGUGGUUGCAAUGCAGAUGAAUCCGCGAGUUGGGCUGAAGCUUUUGAUACAAAUACUCAAACUUGGGAAUCUUUGCCUGACCCUGGCCCUGAGCUCCGCUUCUCAUUGAUUAAGUCAAUGAACGUGACCAAGAGAAGGGUCUACGUUGAGAGCAGCGGGAAGUAUGAUCAUUAUUAUAAUCCAAAAGAAGGUAGAUGGGGAGUUUCAUCAAAAGUACGCAAGUUUGGGAGAAAGUGUGAGAUAGGCCAUGUUUGGUACUUUUGUCGUAAAAGAGGUUUCUUUUGGUACGACACAAAGCUUAAAAGUUGGAGAAUGGUCAAAGGUUUGGAGGUAUUGAACAAGUAUUGUAGUGUUGGUGUUAUUGCAAUAGCUAACUAUGGUGGGAAACUCUUAAUCUUGUGGGACAAGUUUGAUCAGUGUCAAAACAAGGAGAUUUGGUGUUCGGUUAUUGCGCUUGAAAGACGUAGUGGUGAUCAUGAAGUUUGGGGAACAGUUGAGUGGGCUAGUGUUGUGCUUACGGUUCCUAGUUCAUACGUUUUCUUCCGUUGUCAAGUGAAAUCGGUUUGAAGUUUUGCGUUUGUUUUCACCACUAUCAGUUGCUUUCUUUUUUAAAAUCAACUUCAUUAUAUAUUGUUGCUUUUUAGAUUUAAUUCUUUAAUCAAGCAGCAGUUUUAAAUAAACUGUUCAUAGUUAAGUUCUUGGCAUACAUCAAUGGGCCGGGUAAGAUAAGGUGCCAUGGAAGGAACCUGAGAUUAUGUAAAUAGGUAAGUUUUAGCAUCCAUUUUUAUUUGUAAAAUUAGUAAACAAAACUUUCAAAACUGCCAAAACAGAAUGGAUAUUAUAUAUAUAUAUAUAUAUAUAUAUAUGACCACAGAAAAAGACCAUUGGGUGCUGUAUAAAUGGUUAAGCUGGUGGCAUGUCCCAAUCGUCAAUCCAUUCCAGUGAAUCUAUUGGUUGAGUAGUAAAAAGAUGAGCAUGGAGACAACGGCGGCUGGUAAUUACAAACAGUCGCCUAGUUAGAUAAGAAAAAAAGAAAGAAACAGAUGCGAAGCUUGUGUGGGAAGCAAGCAGCUUUAGGUCAAAGAUAAUCGGAGUUUUUUUUACUUUUUUGCUCAAAAAAUAGAGAAAAAGUACUUGUAACAGUAGGUAGAUUUAAGAAUAGUGAAAUUGGAGCCUAUAACCAAGAAAAAAAACCGUAAUUCACCUAGUAGUCAUUUCCCCUAACAAUCCUCGUCGUUAAAUAUAUAUAUUAAUACUGUAAUACCUUUUCGUAUAACCGGCACAACCUGCAAAAAAUUAAAUUAAAAUUAUUAAUUAUUAACUGCAGAAAAGUAAAAUUUGUCUUUACCUACUUCACAUUUCCUAUUUUAUACUUCAUUUGGUAACUUUUUCGAAGUCGAAAGGUCUCCAGUACCGACUUUCUCCAACGCCUCGCAUCCGCAUGCAAUCGAAAACUUUUACAUCUCCUUCGUACUCCCUUGUCAAUCAUCUUCCGCUUUAAUAUAUUUGACAUAACUGAUUAGUAAGCUGAACUAAUUAAAUUUUAUUUAGUUGUAUACAUCUUAAAUAGCUUCAAAAACUAAAAUAUCACAUGGUAUUUUGUUGGUUAAGUAUAAAUACGAUUUUAAAUUAAGUGAAUAGAUGUACAUACACAUGUAUACAAGUAGACAGAGUUAAGAAUAAAGAAAAGGAAAAUAUUAGAUAUCAAUAUAAAUUAACAGUAUGUUGUUAAUAUACACAUUAGAUAUCAAUAGACAUAACUUAGUUUCUAAAAUUCGGUAGAUCCGAACCGAACCCGUAAAGAUUCAAACCAAAUUCGAACUAAAAUUUCUAAAUAUCCGAAUGGAACUAAAAUUUUUAGUUUCGAAAAUCCAAAACCCGGAUAGAUACAAACUAAACCUAUAAGAAGCACUUGAACGCCAACCUGAUCAACACCUAGUUAGAUACCUAGAAGAAGCACCCAAAACAAAAUCUCCGUCUAGUUAGCUCCAACCUCCGCCUCCCUAUCUAUUAGUCCCGAUGUCAAACGAAGAGACAGCCCUUGCGUCGCUUCCAGAUAAGAAACUGGAGUUCUUAGUUUCGGCUAAGAGACGAUUCUUAGCUUUUCUUAGAUUUUAACUAAAAAAACUAAGAACCGUGUCUUAAAUAAUAGAUAUAAGAACCGUCUCUUAGCCGAAAAGUGUAAAAAAAUGUCAAAUCAUGAGUUAAAAACUCCGGCUAAGAGACCGGGGUUAAUCAUGCUCGAAUAUCAAGAUCGUACUACCCAAAACAACUAAGAAAAGUCUUUUAUUACAUACAUUUUAAAUAGGUUCAAAAACUUAAAUAUCACACAAUAUCUAGUUGAGUUGGUUGGGUAUAAAUAUAAUUCUAAAUUAAUAGAAUAGAUAUGUACUUGUACUUAUACAAGUAGAUAGAGUUAAGAAUAAGGAAAAGGAAAAGAUCUUUUUUAUUAAAAGGGAAGCAGUCUUAAAAAAUUUACUUAAAAAGGUUGUUUGGACCCUUUCAUUAACUAACAAUAUUUUUGGUCUUACCAUAAUAAGUGACUAACAAUAUAUUACCUUAUAUUUCUCUAACAAUAAUUUAGUCACUGUUAUAUAGCUUUGUUUUUUUUUAACUGAGCUAUAUAUCUUUGUUAGACUUAUUAAAAUCAAAUAUCUUACAAUACGUAUAACACCAACUUAUUUGAUUUUAAUAAGUCCAACAAAAAUUUAUGGAAAACAGAAGUUGGAACCCUGAUACCUUUUGAUAAAACCAAAUAUCUUACAAUACGUAUAAUACCAACUUAUUUUGAUUUUAAUAAGUCCAUUCACGAACCAAUAAGUUUAAAACCAAACAAAUUUUGUUAAUUUUAGAGUAAACAUACCAAUUUACUAUACGUACUGAUAUAUAUAUAUAUAUAUAUAUAUAUAAUAUUGUAUUCUAAUGUUUGUGGAAUAUUUAUACAAACAAGUUAAAAAUAAUGAUAUAAUAUUUAUACAAACAAGAAAAAAAAAAUGAUCUAAUAUACUUUAAAAUACGAGUCGGUUUAAAUCCAUAACUUAAAUACCCGUAAAAUUCAUAUAAUUUUCAGGUAUGUAACUGAUUCGAUUAGGUUUGGGUAUCUAAAACCUAAAGUACCGGUAAGCCUGAAAAAUACCUGAGACUCCAAAUAAAUACCAAAUAAAUACGCGAAAAGCCCGUAUUUUAACCUAAAUCAUGAAUCGAAAAACUAAAAAUACUGAAAAUUUAAUUUGAAUACCCAAAAUAUAUUUUAAAAUUGGAAUUUUACCCAAAACCUGAAACAAUAACCAAAAACCCAAACCUAAAAUUUAAAAGAAUAUCCAAAUUUAAAACAUAUACGAAAUACCCAUACAUAACUAAUAUACUAAAAAGAUCCGAUUAAUCUGGGUACCUGAUCGGAUCUCGGGUAUGAUCCGGACCAGAUCAAAACCUAUGGGUCUUAAAAAAUAACCAAUAGAUACUUUGUCCUGGACUCGAACCGAACCUAUAUUUUCAAGUCGGUCUUGGUUUGUGUUUUUGGAUCCAGAUAAAAUAGACAGACCAAAAGAGUUUAAUAAAAAUAUACACACAAAAUUUUAAAGAAACUUAUUUAUGAAUUAUAUAAUUUUACAAAAAUUAUCUGCCUCAAUAUAAUAAUAUUUUGUAACAUAAUAAUGUACAACAAUCUACAAAUAUUAAUUCAUAUCAAAUUGUUUAUACUUUAAAAAAAAACCUGCGCUUUCUAAGAGCGGGUCAAAAUCUAGUUAUAAUUUACUAUUUUACACAAUAUGUUGUUAAUAUGCACAUUAGAUAUCAAUAGACACAA